ACAAGGAGACUGGACUAUGGUGGAGAAUGUAAUGGUCUCGAAACAGCGGAGGGGGCGGUAAUGCAACACGCAGGAUGCCGACCUCCGUUAAAACACACGAAGAAGAAGGAAGGCGCAAUUGUUAGAAGGAAAAAAGGGGGAAAUUAGCUACGCUUUGCUGAAGGACGACAUCAAAAUGCUGCAAGAGCUGGUAAAGGAGCGACUCAUGGCGGCUGCUGACGAAAUAGUCCAACUGUUUGAAAGAACGAUGGCGUCGUACGAGGAGGAACUUUGUCGGACAAGAGAAGAGAAGGAGAGACUUCGUCAACAACUGGAGGAUGUUUGCCAGACUCAAACUGUGCUACACUUUGAAGACGGCCACAAUCUGAUUGAUCGUCAGGAAGAGCGUCCCACUCAGCGAAAGGGGGUGAGCUCCACUUUGAAGCAGGAGGAGCCACAGCACCCCCACAUUAAAGAGGAAGAGGGGGAACUCUGGCGCACUCAGGACGGAGAGUAUCUUCGAGGGCCGGAGGAGACUGAUCUCACCAAGUUGCCACUGACAGUUGUCUCUUUGAAGGCUGAAGGCCAUGAAGACAAACCACCUGACUCCUCACAGCUUCAUCACAACCCACGUGAGGAGAACAGCAGCAGCUCACCACAACACAUGACAACAGAAGCUGAUGGAGACCACUGCGGAGGAUCACAAGCAGACUUGGCUCCUCUGUCGGAUAAUGACGACACAAUGUCACACAAGAACGACACCCAAGAGCCUUUGAGUAGCAAUGCGGACCGUGAAAUGGAUUUGAAGACUCAAACUGACAACAAAGACUCAGAAUGUUCUAAAAAGAAGACAGGGAAAAAAUGUUCGGCCUGCUCAGUUUGUGGCGAAAGCUUUUCCAAUAACAGUGCUUUGACUCGACACGCGAGAACCCACACAGGGGAAAAACCGUUUUGUUGUUCAGUUUGUGGUAAAACGUUCUCCCAGAAGUCGCAUAUGGUGAAACACAUGAGGACGCACACAGGAGAAAAACCUUUCAGCUGUUCAGUUUGCCGCCAGAGAUUCUCUCAAAAGUCAAAUAUCAUAUCGCACAUGCGGACACACACGGGAGAAAAACCUUUCAGUUGUUCAGUCUGUGGUAGAAGAUUCUCUGAAAAGUCAAAUAUCAUAACACACAUGAGGACGCACACGGGAGAAAAACCGUUUUCCUGUUCACUUUGCGCAAAAACAUUUGCUGAAAGGGUAUCUAUGAUGAAACACAUGAGAACGCACACUGGUGAAAAACCAUACGUUUGCUCAAUUUGUGAUAAAAGUUUCACUCAGAAGGUAAACAUGACAACACACAUGAAAACGCACAGCGGUGAAAAACCGUAUAUUUGUUCCGUUUGCGAUAAAAGAUUCAGCAAUAAGGUGAAUAUGGUAAAACACAUGAGAACGCACACAGGAGAUAAAUCCUUUGAUUGCUGAUUGGAUUCGGCUUAAAAAAAUGUCGUGGAAAAGAUCUCUGAUUGCACGCAAAACACACAGGAGAAAAACUCUGGUGCGCUUUGCUUCGAUAUGGAUUACUUAAUACUGUGCUUAAUAAAACCAAGUCAACUGUCCACAUGCUUCAUUUUUUUGUUCACAGAAAUGCUUGUUAUUUUUAGCCUUAAAAGUCCAUCAUGUUGGAUGAUGGGCAACCCACAUUUUAAUUAGUUUAAUGCAGUGAACCCAAACCCAGCUGUUACCACACAGACGAGGGCCCUCAGUCAUGAGGGAUGCCUGCUCCAACAUCUGCAUGUAAGCAUCCACCGUUUGACGACCCCGCACAACCUGAAGUG